GAGUUCACAGGGGGAGCUCGAUCAUUGCUAGCUUGUUAUUAGCCCCUUCUCUCUCUCUCUCUCUCUCUCUCUCUCUCUCUCCCCCCCAUACAUCAUCAACUCCUCCAUGCAUGAAACCAUUCAAUUUUGAGGAAAUCUUUACCUCUGCAAAAGGGCACCUAAUCAUCAUCCUCAUCAUCAUCACCACCCAUCAAGUUAUCAACCCCCCACCCAUCUUAUUGAAGAGCUGAUCUCUACAUAAAUCUCUCACCAUCUAGAAGGGAAACCUGAUCUCUCGUCUCGAGAUGGCCACUCUCGAGGACGCGAAGAAAGACUGUGCUCUCGACCCCCAGAACUUGGCGCCUCGCAAGCAUGCGGCUGCAGCAGCCCCAUCAAGCAGGCCAGCUGGGGACGCUCCACCACCACCUGAUCAGCAGGCGGCUGCCCUGAGGUGCCCGAGGUGCGACUCAACCAACACCAAGUUCUGUUACUAUAACAACUAUAGCCUCAGCCAGCCCCGCCACUUCUGCAAGACGUGCCGGCGCUACUGGACCAAGGGCGGGGCCCUCCGCAACGUCCCGAUCGGCGGAGGAUGCCGGAAGAACAAGAAGCUCAAGUCAUCUUCGUCGGCCUCACGCCUCUCCUCUGCCUUUGAUUCCAAGCUCGAUUCCUCCUCCUCCGGCGCCGGUGCUGCCUCCCCAUCCUCCUCCGCUGACGUCCCCGGGUUCAGGUUCUUUCCAAAUCCAGCCAGUCUCUCCCCAGCUGUAGAUUUCCAGCUCAGCGGACUUUCGUCCUCCUUUAAUCGUCUCCCUAUGCCCCUCUCGUCGUUCGCGGACAUACCAAACAGUAAUUCUCGGUUCAGCCUCGAACAGCCCAUCGGAUUCAACAACUGUUACCCAUCACUCUCAUCCUCCAACACUUCUUCUCCUUCCAUCGCUUCGGGGUUAUUAUUCGGCAGUUCUACAAACCAAGAUAUGGCUGGUUCAAUGAACAUCCAGAGCAGCCUAGCAUCCUCAAUCGAAUCCCUGAGCUCCUUGAACCAAGACUUGCACUGGAAGCUCCAGCAACAAAGGCUUGCCAUGCUUUUCGGGCCUGUAGAGAGUAACACCCAAAAGGACGCCGCCACCUUUGUUUCUCCAGCUCCGGCAACACACUCUCUUGAGACCCAGGUGGUGCACAAGCCACAGCCCGUUCCAUUCCAAAAUCAAGAAUUUGUGCCGAUAAAAUCAGAUAACAUCUACUCGAGAAAAGAAGGCGAGACCACAGUGACCGAAUGGUUCUUUGGGAAUUCGUAUAAUUCCCUAAUUCCCGACUCAGCCGAGGAGAGCGGUAAUGGCGACCGAUCAGUUCAAGCAUGGGGAAACAGCAAUCUACAUCAGUUCGGUGCUAACUUGCCCUAGAUACUUCUAUGUGACGGCAAUACAUAAACAUGUCGAUUUACAAAAGAGGUAGGACUAAUCAUUUAAGCAUAUAUAUGUAUGUGUGUGUGCGUGUCUCAAAGACAGGUUAAUUAGUUUACAGAGUUACAUAUAGGAUAAAUAUCUUCGAAAGGAUAUAUAUGUAAGUUGUUGUUUCAUUAAUAAUUGUUAAUUAGAGCUUUAAUUUCGAACGCACAUUAAGGCAAGUCAGUUUGUUAGAUAAUGUUCUGUGAUUUGUAUCAUGAUGUGUUAAGCAAAACAUGAUCAUUCUCAUGAUUUUCAGCUUUUUUAUUUUACAUUAUUCCACAUCAAUGAGUGUGAACUGAUGAUGCUUUCAUGAGCAGUCACACACACUAUUGUUACUACA